CAUCAUCAGCUGUCAAAGAUGAAAAAUCUUAUCAGUGCUCGUCGCGAUGCAAAUUUUUGAUUGAAAAUCCUUAUAGCUUGAACAUUUUUGCGAAAAUAAGUAAUCUUAGCGGUUUUCCAGCUGUGAAAUAUGGUGCACCGUAAAGUUGAAUUUCCGCAGAAGUGAAAAGAGGUGAUUAACUCCAAAAAGAUAGCUGAUUCCGAGCGGAAAUUUGGAAAGUAAAUAACCGAUCGAUAACAGUGAAAAGUCGUCAUUCCCGAGAGAAUUGCCUGACAAAAAAAAAUUGGAACAGAAACAAUGGUCGGUUAAUUCGAAACAUUAUCGCAGACACUUUUUAUCUAAAAUAUAUAUCAAUGAUAGUUGCGCAUUAGUGAUUGAGAGAAAAAAUAAGUGACCCUUUACGAUGCUCAGUACGAAUUUGGUAGUUCCCGUGGUGUUGUGGGGGCCAAACACCCCCACCCAUUGUGUCUCGAGUGUGUUUUUGUCACGAGACCAGAAAAUCCUUGCAACUGGAUGUUACGAUGGCCAGAUUUGUUUGUGGCAAGUCGAUCCGGAAACGCUGCAAAUGACACCUCGAUGUCUGCUGGUCGGCCAUACUGCACCGGUUCUUUGCCUGACGCGUGCAUCCAUCAUACAGGACAACAACUUCCUGGUGAGCUCUUCGGAGAACGGCGAAAUGUGCACCUGGGACCUGGUCGAUGGCAAGUGCACCGAGAGUAUCAAGAUGGCCCAGGUGCAUACCAACAUCCAGGCUUACCAUAUGGCUAACUGCGACGAUAUUCGACUGUUCUGCAACGGAUACUACGCGGAAAUCAUGGUGAUGGAUCCUUUCAGCCUGGAAGUGUUGUUCUCUCUAAGCUCUAAGGUGAAUCCAGACUGGAUAUCGGCUCUGCACGUCUUGAGACCCUCCAAGCGCAAGGACGAUGUUGUGCUGGCCAUCACCACAACGGGAACCGUCAAAGUCUGGACGUUGAUUGGAAAUGAGAACAAGUACUCUGAACCGAUCUACGAGAAUGAGUCCAAGCAAAUCCGAUGUCUGAACGCCAUUACAAUGAACUGCUGUUCGCAAAAUCAACGUACGGUUUUGAUUGUGUGCGCAAAGUAUUGGCAGAUUUACGAUGCUGGCGAUUUCACCGUUUUGUGCAGCGUAAUCUCUCCAUCUGGUGAACGCUGGAUGGGAGGUGAUUUCCUGGCAAACGAUCGCGUUAUUCUGUGGUCUGAUGAAGGGAAGGGCUACAUGUAUCGCCUACCGGCAAACAGCAUUCCGGACAAUAAAGAUUUUCAUGGUCCGUCGAUUGGCAAGGAUUCUCCGUUCUUGUAUUGCGUACUCUCACAAACGGGCGAGAAACCCCUGUCCUGUCCACCAACUAUAAAGUUAGUUACAUCGAACCGUGGUGGAAAGAUCCAAAAGUAUCUUCUGCGAGGUGAUUCCGAGGGCUACAUCAAUAUCUGGGCCGUCCCGGAUAUAUCGAUGGAGCAAAUCAAAGUGAUCCAGAAUGAAAAGAGACUUCCUUCGACACUUGAAUCGACAUUUUGCACGAGCUUGGAAGAGGCAUGGAACAAGAUGAAUCCGCUACCGGUAGGCAUUCUGGAUCAGUUGUACCGCAACAGCAGUGAACCGAUGAUUAAGCUGACGGCCAGCAUCUAUCUUCCCAUGCAAAGCCGGUUGGUCGUUGGUCGCGAAGAUGGCAGCAUUAUUAUCGUGCCGGCCACACAGACCGUGAUGCUGCAUUUGUUAUAUGGGCAGCACCAGGAACUGAGUGACUGGCCUCGUCAUCAAAUCCUGAACGGUCACAGCGGUCGUGUGAACUGCUUGCUGUGUCCUUCACUGGCACAUCCUCGUUACGAAAAGUCUCAUUUAGUGUCCGGUGGUGUUGAUUUUGCCGUGUGUUUGUGGGAUCUCUACAGUGGACAACUGCUCCAUCGAUUCUGUGUCCAUGCUGGCGAAAUUACUCAGUUACUGGUACCGCCACCUACUUGCAGCCCACGGAUUCUGAAGUGCAUUUGCUCGGUCGCCUCCGACCAUUCAGUAACACUGUUGAGUCUUCAGGAAAGAAAGUGCGUGACACUCGCAAGUCGACACCUGUUUCCUGUCGUGUCUAUCAAGUGGCGUCCGUUGGAUGACUUCCUGAUUGUGGGUUGCUCGGAUGGCACCGUGUACGUGUGGCAGAUGGAAACGGGACAUCUGGAUAGAGUUCUUCAUGGAAUAAUUGCGGAGGAAGUGAUGAAUGCCUGUGACGAAAAUACAGGCGAUACGGGCAGUAGCAGUGGAUCAACAUCGGAAAUGGGUCUUUCAAAUCCUGCCGUGCACUUCUUCAGAGGUCUUCGUCAUCGCAACUUCAACGCCAUUCGCCACGCCACACAGCGUGGUAUUCAUCAGUUGCAGCAACUGCACGCGCAUAAUAAUCAGCAUGGGGAUUUCCUGAUGAAGAACCGAAGCAGUCCGUUGAUAAUCCAAGGAUUGCGUACUAACCCUAAAGAUGCUGAAAGUCAUAUUUUAUUCUUUGAUAUCGAAGGAUUGAUAUUCGAGCUGCAUGCCGAGGAAUAUGCUGCCAUGAGCCCGAGCACACUGGAGGCGGAAGGACUUCUCGUUCCCGCUGGAACCGACUCACAUUCAUCGGAAGCCGGCAAGAAAAUUUCAGAUUUCCUCGGUCGCGUGAAGAAUAAAGCUGGUGACAUGGAAAAAAUACUGAAAGAGAAAGAUAAACACGGUAUACUUGCCAAAAUGAAGGAAGGUGCAGAGAACGUUCAAACAAAGGUGCAAGCCAAGUUAGACAGUGUGGUAAAAAAUGUUGGUGAUACGGGUAAGGAUGCAUCCGAUAUUACGAAGAAGAUAGCUCCUAGGAUGGAAGCCACUCACGUUAUGGAAGUAGCUCAGCUAUUACUGUCACUGUUGCAUUCAUGGGGGCUGGAUCCCCAUCUGGACAAAGUCUGCGAAACGCAACUUGGACUUCUGAAGCCUAAGAUUCCGGUGUCGUUUGGUGUGUUGUCUAAAGGUGGCUACAUGUCGCUGUUGCUUCCAACAUGGCAGAAUAAUAUCGAUAUUAAGAUAUCUGCCGAGCAGAUAAAAGCGAUUUCUUCAACGGCAGAACUAAUGCGUCAACAGCAUCUGACAGAUGUUUUCACGGCCAGGCUGCACUGGGAACUCAGCACCACUCUGACCUCCAAUCAUCUGCUGGCGCUAAUAUCCAUGUCCAACACACUAAUGUCCAUGAACAUGGCAACGUUUAUCCCUGAGCAAGAACGAAAUCGAAAGCUGCACCGCCAGUCCACCAAGGCGUCCUGGACAAAUGACGAGGAGCAGGAGGAACUGUACACACAACAGCAAGCACAAAUCAAGCAAGGUUGGAGCCUUCUCUCGACUCACCACUGUUUCCUGUUGCCCGAGAAGAUAGACGCCCUCGAUGCAAACACUUUCAAACGGCCCCAAGUGGAAAUGAUGGCCCGUCGUUGGCAACACCACUGCUUAGAAAUUCGUGAAGCAGCUCAACAGCUGCUGCUUGGUGAACUCGGACGCAUGGGCAAGAAAGGUAGGAAGCAACUAGUUGAGAGUUGGGCACAGUAUCUCCCCAUGUAUACACACACUGAGCCGAUUGUUCAGCAGACACAGGCAUCAACUCAAUCGAAUCCUGGUUCACCGGUAUCAACUCCUGGGGGUCCACCUUUAGAGACACAAGAAGAGGAAUCUGAAGAAGAGGAAGAAGUAGUACGCAAACCAUCUAGCUUGGCUGAAUUAAAACGCAAGCAAACGACGGCAGUCGUUCUGCUAGGUGUAAUAGGAGCGGAAUUCGGUCAAGAUAUUUCUUCGUCAGACGGCAAACGAAACAACGAGAAUCGCAGGAAGAGCUCUGUUGUAGAAGGAUUCGGGAUUGGUAAUAACAACCUUGCUCGGUCGACGUCGAUGGCUUUGACACAUCUCUUGCUAGCUCCGUCUUCGCAAAAGCUUCCAGCCUAUACACCGUUGCGCCGAGCUGCCAUAGAUUUGAUUGGGCGUGGCUUUACUGUGUGGGAACCUUACAUAGACGUUAGUAAGGUUCUUCUCGGUUUGCUGGAGAUGUGCUGCGAUUCCAAUCGUUUGAUACCCAGCUUGAACUACAAGCUCCCGUUGACACCCCAAGCCGAUGCUUGUCGAACGGCUCGGCAUGCUUUGCGAUUGAUAGCUACCGCACGGCCGGCGGCGUUCAUCACGACAAUGGCUCGCGAGGUGGCCCGUUACAAUACCAUGCAGCAGAAUGCGCAGGCCAUUAGUGUACCGAUCACGCAGUCCGUGUUACACCGUGCCAAGCGGGAAAUAUUGCAGUGCGUUGAAAUGCUGAUCGACAAGAUGCAAACGGAGAUAGCCAAUUUACUGGUAGAGGUAAUGGACAUAACACUUCACUGUGUUGAUUCGGGUGAUCUAAAGAACAAAGGGCUCGCUGAAGUCUCGCCUUCGAUGUGCAAGUUCAAUCAAGUAUCUCAUUGUAGUGCGUCGAGAAGAAUUUCUGUUGGCGCCAGCAACGGUCACCUGGCCAUCUACGAGCUGCGGCAGAACAAGUGUCAGAUGAUACCGGCACAUACGAAACCGGUAACAGCCCUUGCCUUCAGUCCCGACGGUAAGUUCUUGGUUAGCUAUUCGUGCGCAGAGAACCGGCUCUCGUUUUGGCAAACAAGCACCGGAAUGUUCGGGCUUGGACAAUCGCAGACGCGGUGCAUCAAAGGGUACUCCACUGCGCCGAUUCCGGACGUAGCGAGGCUCAAUCCGAUGCGGUUGGCCAAGCUGAUCUGGAUAAACAACCGUACUGUUACCCUGAUGUUGGCCGAUGGGUCCGAAACUAGGUUUAACGUUUAAGUAAGCAAAUUCGAUUAUUGAACAGUAUUGUGCAUAUAAAGAUAGUCUACUGUCAUGUGAAAUCACUCUUCUGUGUAAUAUGUCCAUAUAAGUCCAUAUUAGUUGUUAAUCAUAAGAAUUAAGGCUCAAAAGAAGUAAUCAGGCGUGACAUUUCUUUUAGUUUCACUUCUCUCCACACACAGAUCUUUCCGUUCAAAACUCCUAAUGAAUGGACUACGGAAUGAACCAGAUAUGUUAUUUGAAAUAGAGUAUAUUGCUCGAACCUUAACCCUAAUAUUCUGCGGUUGAGCACAUUUAUCGUUGUAAAUCUUCGUACAUAUAUUGAAAAUGAAGCUUCAACUAAAAUUAUGCCACCAGACGGCUUACUUUUGGUCAUUACGCCAAGUUGUCAUAAACAACAACAAUUGUGCACAAUCUCUUAUUUAAGCCAUCAAAAGUUUCGAGCGAAAUUGACUUAAUGUUCGGCAAAUUUUCCUAACCUGAGCUCUAGUGGUGGAUGCUUUUUAGCCCAUGAAAGGUUUGUGCAUUAUCUAUAUAAUAAAAAUGAAAUGGUCUGUGUUCGUAUCCGCAUAACACGAUAACGGCUGGAUGGAUUUUCAUCAUUCCUUCAGCAGAAAUAUUCGUUAUAGUUUCCGACGGGUUUAUACGAUAUUUUCUCAUGCAAAAAUUACCAGUAAAAUCGAGUAAAUCGUAAAAAACUAAAAUUAUGGUUCGUAUGGAAAUUUCGAAUGGGCAGUUCACAACGCGCAUUUUCGCCUACUAUGCAGGACAACGUCUGCCGGGUCGACUAGUUCAUUAUAAUUCAUUAUAAAAUAAAAAAGUCGUAAGGUAGACAGUUAUAAUGUGCUGAUCCAAACAAAAAUCGUUAGCUGUAUUUUGGCAACGGGUGCUUCAAAUAUUGUCCAAAAAAGUUUUGGUUAAUCAAGUCGCCAUUAUAGGUACUAAUGAAAGUUGUGAAUCUAAUUAUGAAUGCUGAAAUAGUGUGAUUGUUAUCCGUUCAUCUAAUGUGCGAAAAUAGGUAAGUCCAUUCAGAAAACUAUUUCUUUGAGCAAAAGAAAAAAUAUCUUGCACAGACUGCCUACUUAGGGCCGAUGCCCACGUCGCGUUUUUUUUUUUUUCAAUGCUGCAGGCAUCCGCUUUUCCCAUCGGAGAGCCGUCGUAUCAGGUCUGUUUUAGCGUCCCGCCCAACACCAGGACUUGGGCUUCUACGCUUUGAGCGGCACACGGUCGCUUUGGCGGAGCCUGCUUGCGGAUACUUUUUAUAUAUGUUUAACAGAGCCCACUGUCUAACCCCACCACAUCCUAGGCAGACACCACAACUCGCAGAUGGUCUGAGGAGGGAUCGUCAAGCCUUUGGUCAUAGUUCCUGCUGCCCCUGAUGCACACCUGCGUCCUUUUAACGCAGUGUGCACACAGCGUUCAAAAGACGCUACGUGGGCAUCGAGCCGCAAGUGGCUGCUAGAAAACCGAUGAGUAAGGCCCGAUGCCCACGUAGCGUCUUUUCAACGCAGCGUGCACACAGCGUUAAAAUAACGCAGGUGUGCAUCGGCGCGGUGACGCUGCGUUAACGCUUUUUUCCGAUACACACCUGCGUCUUUUUAACUCCGUGUGCACGCAGAGUUGAAAAGACGCUACGUGGGCAUCGAGCCUAAAAGUGAAUUUUAACGCGAGUUUAUUGGGUUUAUCAUUUGAAAAAGUGCAUGAAUCCAGUGUAAUGUAAAUAAAAUAUGAUUGAUACACUUUUUUAAAGAAGCAGUGAUAAAUACAUACAUCUAGUUAAUAGCUAUUGAAAAUAAUCCCCAUCGGUCAUCGCGUUCGGAAGUUGUAAAGAAAAUUAUAUAUCACACUAUAGGCGAAACCAAACGAUUCAAUCGAGAAAGGCAUAAUCACCGCUAGGUGUAUCAGUCUUAAUUUUCCUUACCAACAUCAAUUUAUUAUUUUAAAAAAACCUGGAUCGUCCUUCUACCGGUGCUGGUGCCUUUUUCAUGCAUUAAAUAUACCAAAAAGAGUAAGUUAGUGAGAUUUUUACGCGUGUUUUGUGUAUAAAAAAUAGUAUUUUGGACAUAACUUCUGAGCGCAUAUUCCAAUUUUGCCAAUUUUCAAUAAUGAACAAUGGGACAGUAUUCCUCGUCGAAUAAAACCUGUUGCGAGUAAAUGGGCCAUUUUGAUAACACAAAACGUCGAAAGGGCAAAGCUUCGAAAGAAACAGAAGGUCGGAAGGACAAAAGGUCGAAGGAACAAAAGGUACAAGAAGAUAGAAGUAAGAAGAAAGACGGAUGAAGAAGAAGGAAGAAAAGGAUGAAGCAAGAAGAAUGAGAAGAAUGAAGGAAGAAAGAUGAAAGAUGAAGAAAUAAGGAUGAAAGACGAAGGAACAAAGACGGAAGAGGAGGAAAGGAGAAUUAAAAAAGAAGAACAAAAGAGGAAGAAGGAGGAGGAAUUAAGAAAGAAGAACGAGUAAGAAGGAAGGAAGAAAGAAUAAGGAAGUAAACAAUCCCUCUGUUUUGGCUUUUCUGGUCAUAGAAUUUAUAAAUAUAUAAAGAAGGCCCAAACCAAGGGUCGAAACGUCGGAUGUUGUAGAAUCACUCCGCUUUAUAAAUUCUAUGACCAGAAAAGCCAAAACAGAGGGAUUUUUCGUUAUCUACCCUGGUCGUUCCUAAUAUAAAUAGAAGUAAACAAUAAGGAAAAAAGAAGGAUGGAAGACAAAAGAAGAAGGCAGAAGAAAGAAAAAAGGAGAAAGAGGAGGAGGGUAGAAAGAGGCAGAAAGGAAGAAGAAGAAAGAAAAAAGAAGGACUUCCCACGGGAAUGACAAUUGUAUUCCACCUACAUAGCUCGUUUCGUAGCGUGCAUUGAAGGUUCCUAAGAGUAAUGCUACGUUUUGACAGAGCAAGUAAAUUGAACAACUCAGUUGAAUUCAAUUGACUUGCCAAAAGUUGAACAUGUUCAACUUUCUUUUCGUUCAAGUGAAUUGAAUUAAGGUGUUUACACGUUCAGUUCGCGUUCGAUUCAAGCGACUUGCUCAAUUCACUUGCCUUGUCUGAACGUAGCAUAAUAACGGGAAGGAAAGAGAUAGAUGU